AUGCUCUACGUAAUUGGAUUGGGAUUGGCAGACGAGAAGGACAUAUCAGUAAAUGGUUUGGAAGCAGUGAGGAAAUCUGAGCGUGUCUAUCUUGAAGCCUACACCUCUAUACUUCUUGUGGAUGUGCAAAAACUGCAGGAUUUCUACGGCAGGGCUGUGACAAUAGCUGAUAGGGACAUGGUAGAGACGGAGUCCGAGGAGAUUCUAUCUCGUGCGAGUGAGGUCGACGUUUCAUUCCUCGUUGUUGGCGAUCCCUAUGGCGCAACAACACACACUGAUCUUCUCCUGCGGGCCAGAAAUGCAGGUGUGCCUACACGCGUGUUCCACAACGCAAGCAUCAUGAAUGCGGCUGGCGCUUCUGGUCUGCAGCUCUACAACUUUGGCCAGACGAUCAGUAUUCCGUUCUUCACAGAAACGUGGAAACCAUCCAGUUUUGUCGAGCGCAUUGCUGAGAACAUGCGCAUUGGCGCUCAUACACUCCUACUACUCGAUAUUAAGGUAAAGGAGCAGUCGGUGGAGAAUCUGGCAAGGGGAAGGAAGAUAUUCGAGCCUCCACGGUACAUGAGUGUGAGUAGGGCGGUGGAGCAGCUCCUCACUCUCCUCGAUGAGAAAGCUGAGGGAUAUAGCGAGGACGCUUACACACGCGAAACGCUCGCUGUUAGUCUUUCGAGAGUAGGCGCUGAACAGCAGGUCAUCAAGGCGGGCACUCUGAGGGAAUUGGCGGAGGUGGAUGAGGAUGCGUUUGGUCCACCACUCCACUCUUUGAUUUUGGUGGGUAAGAGACUGCAUGAUCUGGAGGCUGAGUUUGGAGAGGCUUUUGCUGUUGGAAAUGGUUGGAAAGAGGGCUGUAAGAAGCUGGUGCAGCAUGUGUAG